AUGGACGACAAGCGUGACCCGGCAGGAAGGGAGAAGGGAGAGGGCAUUCCGCCCGCAGACGACGAGGCCGUUGACGAGAAGCCAAGGACCGGCCUGCACUCGGACCAGAAACCGGGCCCACUCGGACGACACUCUCUGGAUGUCGGCAGGAAGCUCGACGAACCCAUUCAAACCAAAGACGAGAGAUCACACAGUCUACCGGCCCUCAAUGACCAGCCCCGGUCGCCCCAGUCGCCGCCGCCGACCCACGCCCCUACCAAUGCCAACUCUUCGCGCCAGCGAGCAGUACGAUCCAGCGUUGAAUUCGACAGACGCUUCGAUGGACCCUAUGCAAGACCCAGCAUAUCUAUCGCACGGCGGAAGUCAUCCCAACAGGCCCGCCUCGAUGCCGAGCACGUUGUCGAAGCCGUCGAGGGCCACGAACCGUCCUCGGAUGCCUCGGCCACAUCCGGCGCGGCGCCCCGGCUGCUCGAGCCUAGGCCACCGCCGCUCAACUACACCCUGCACACGCGUUACUGGGCCAUCUUCAUUUUCUGGUUAUUCAUCAUCUUCGACUCCGUCGUCAUGCCCAUCGCCUUGUACUAUGGGUUGUGGUACGGCGUCGGCCCAGGGAGUGUAAGAGAGGGCGAAAAGCCGACUAUGUCCGCCAACACAGUCUAUACCGUUGUCACCGCUGCCAUAGGCGGUGCUAGUAUCCUUGAGUACUUCGUACGGUUCUGGAGGCUGUGGAAGAAGGACAGUGUUUGCCGGGUCAUCGGGGCCCAUAGAUGGUAUCUCGAUGCGUUCCACUGGAACUACACCCUGGCUUGGCUGAUCAUCAUGGUCGAGUUGAUAGUAGGCACUGUCCAGGAGUGGCCGCCAAUCCGACUAGUCGCCAUGCCUUUGACUACCAUGCUCUACACCUUUGGCACCGAGAUGCUCAUCGUCGAUAUUCUCCGUGUAUUCCGUGUCCCAGCCCCCUUCCGCCUGUCAUCCAUUCCCAAAGGCGCCCAGCUGCGACCAUGUGUGUACACCCUGAUCGAGGAUAUCUGUGCCGUGGACGGGUCUGGAGGAACGGACUUUCGAGAGGCUCUCAACAGGAGAUAUGAAGCCAGCCACAUUUUCCGCACCAUGCUGCGGCGGCUCGAAGAUGCAGCCUAUGCCAUCGGCUGGUCGGUCCCCUUCGGAUGGGCUGGGGUCUGGGCGUUGGCUACCAUCUGGUAUGUGAAGAGGGAGUUGAAGAGGGAGAAGGACCAUUGGAUCGCCGAAGCAUCCAAGAGCACAGCCUGA